UUCACAAUUUUACCUCUCACAUUUACAAUUUUACCUCUCACAUUCACAGGUUUACCUCUUACAUUCACAGGUUUACAGUAUUUUUGGGUUAUGUGAGAGGUAAAAUUGCGUAUGUGAGAGGUAUUUUAUGUGAAUGUGAGCAGUAAAACUGUGAAUGUGAGAGGGAAGAAUGACUUAUGGCUCAUAGAAUUGACCCCUGCAGGAUAUGCACUGGAGCCAAAGCAAGUUAGUUUAAAAGUCUCUUUUCAAACCUUAGACCUCGGAUUGAAGUGAUCAUUAGAAUAUUGUCCAUUUUGUGCAUCUACCAAACCCUAACCUGGGGUUUGGGGGAAUGAAGGGUAAGAUCUGUAGAUGCAGUAGAAGUAUACGCUGCAGUGAGAAUAGGUGCAUAGAAAUGUCAAAAGCUUGUGUGUGUGUAUAUAAUUCUUGUCUCCGUCCACAGGAUUGUCCGAUGCAGUACUGCAGUACUCGGGGCGGGGUCCGUGGAUGGGACUUCAGGGAUGUGCUGUUUUCAGGUUUCGCUCCAGACGGGGGGAUGUUCAUGCCCGAGAGUAUUCCUGUGCUGAGCCCCGACACCCUGAGGGGCUGGAGGGGGCUGAGCUACACCAAGCUGGUGGUGGAGGUCGCCUCACUGUUCAUCCCCACCCAGCUGAUCCCCAGACAGGACCUGGAGGUCCUGGUGUCUGAAGCCCUGUCGGGGUUCUCUGUGCCAGAGGUGGUGAGAGUCGCCCGGCUAAAGGACGGUCUGUCGGUCCUGGAGCUCUUCCAUGGAGACACCUUGGCCUUCAAGGACCUGGCUAUGACCUGCACCGUACGCUUCCUCGACUACUUCCUGCAAAAACAGAACCGCAGAGCUACUGUUGUUGUAGGUACUUCAGGAGACACGGGUGGCUCGGCCAUCCAGAGUGCUAAAGGUCUCCGUGGGCUGGAUGUGCUGGUGGUUUACCCCCGAGGACGCAUCACUCCAGUCCAAGAGAAACACAUGAUCACCUGCCUGGAGGAUAACGUCCAUGUGUUUGCAGCUGACGGCAGCUCAGACGACAUCGAUCAGCCUCUGCGCCGUCUGUUUGCCGACCAGGAGCUGGUCACGUCUCACGGCCUCAUGAGCCUCAACUCAGUCAACUGGUCCAGAGUCAUGGUCCAGCUGGCCCACUUCAUCUUCGCCUACCUGGAGCUCAGCGGAGUGGAUCAGGCCCAGGCUGACGGGGAGCUGCCGGAGCUGGAGGUGGUGGUGCCGACUGGAGGGGCGGGGAACAUCGCAGGCGGCUACAUUGUGAAGCAGAUGGGCCUGCCUCUGAAACUGGUUGCCAUGGUGAAUUCUAAUGACAUCGUGCACAGGACGGUAACCACGGGGGACUUCUCCAUGGCCGGCAAUGUCACACAAACUCUGGCCCCCGCCAUAGACAUCCAGGACCCGUACAACAUGGAGCGAGUGUUCUGGCUGCUGCUGGGUAAAGACGGAGCUUUAGUGAAGAACAUGAUGGAGGAGUUUCAACAGUCCCACAGACACUCUCUGCCCGAAAACCACCGCAAACUGUUAUCACAAGUUUUAUCGUCUGGAACGGUGAGUGAUGAAGGGAUCCUGGAGACCAUGAGGAGCUGCUGGGAGGAGAACCAGUACGUCUUGUGUCCACACACAGCUGUGGCUGUCUGGCAUCACUACCACUGUCCUCACAGCUCCAAGAUCAACAGGUGUUAUAUAGCAACAGCGUCUCCAGCCAAGUUCCAGGCAGCAGUGCAGAGGGCCGGCCUGACCUUUGACCUACCUGAGGCCGUGCUGGCGCUGGACAAAUUGGCGACUCGUUACCAGAACCUGGAGCGGAGCCCGAACUGGUGCACAGACUGGGAGCGAAAGAUGAGAGAGAAAAUCCAGUCAGUGAGUUCAGUGAGGAAGAACGGAGGGACUUACUACAGCUGAGCAGGACUGACUGACUGUUAAACAGGGUUUUAUAUUAUUAAAGUGAAUGUGGAGCAGGUCAGUGACUCUGGCAGCUCGCCUUUGAUCGAUGUGCUUCCUUAUCUGGAUAUAUUACAUUAUGUUGAUGAUCUCUGAUGGACUUUGGUCCGUAGGAUCAUAUGAGCCGUCUUUGUAUUUGUACAGUGAUUCAACACAACAAACCAAUCAGUUACUGACAAUCUUCCUUCCACAACUUUUUCACCAAUCUCAAUAAAUGCUCAAUAAAAA